AUGGCGUGCUACAGCCUGUGCCUGCCAGCUGCCUGUGGCCCAACCCCGCUUGCCAAGAGCUGCAACGAGCCAUGUGUCAUCCGGUGCGCCGACUCCAGCAUGGCGAUCCAGCCCCCGCCAGUGAUGGUGACGCUGCCGGGCCCAAUCCUCAGCUCCUUCCCUCAGAGCACAGCCGUGGGAUCCACCGCCUCGGCUGCCGUGGGCAGCUCUCUCAGUGCUGGCAGUGUGCCCAUCGCUUCUGGGGGCUCCCUGGGGCUGGGGGCCUUUGGGUGCUCCGGUCUGGGCCGGGGGUUCUGCGGGCCUCUGGGACGGUGCAAUUUCUUAUGCUGA